AAGACCCGGAAGCUCUUACCAGGAGACCGGAUAAGAUCUUGUUGUUGCAGCUGAUAUACCACAUAUAAAAUCAUCUCUGGUUUAAUUGUGCACUGGCUGCGUGAACCACAGGGAACGGGAAAACUAUUUAUUAAACUAUCUGUCGGUUGUGUGAUUGUCAGAGAUGAGUGUCACUUUGGAUAUACGACUAAAAAGAGCCAACAAAGUGUAUCGAGAAGGGGAAGUGGUGGCCGGCGUCAUCGUGCUGAUGUGUAAGGAGGCGCUGCAGCAUCACGGCAUCUCCCUGAGCAUGGAGGGUCUGGUGAACCUGCAGCUCAGCUCCAAGAGUGUUGGCGUCUUCGAGGCCUUCUACAACUCUGUCAAGCCCAUCCAGCUGAUCAGCAGUAACAUCGAGGUGGCCAAGGCGGGAAAAAUCCCAGGAGGCAAGACUGAGAUCCCCUUUGAGUUUCCCCUCCUCACAAAAGGCAACAAAGUGCUGUACGAGACCUACCACGGCGUCUUCGUCAACAUCCAGUACACCCUCCGCUGUGACAUGAAGCGCUCCCUGUUGGCCAAAGACCUGAGCAGGAGCUGUGAGUUCAUCAUUCACAGUCAGCCGCAGAAAUCUCAAAUUGUCCCGACUCCUGUCAACUUCACCAUCACUCCAGACACUCUGCAGAACAUCCGUGAGAGGAGUUCGCUGCCAAAGUUUCGGAUCAGAGGCCAUUUAGACGCCACCAACUGUGUGAUCAGCCAGCCGCUGACCGGAGAGGUGAUGGUGGAGAACUCGGACGUCGCCAUCAAGAGCAUCGAGCUGCAGCUCGUUCGGGUGGAGACCUGUGGUUGCGCUGAAGGUUACGCCAGAGACGCCACAGAGAUCCAGAACAUCCAGAUAGCUGAAGGCGACGUCUGCCACGGCCUCCCCAUCCCCAUCUACAUGGUCUUCCCCCGGCUCUUCACCUGCCCCACGCUGGAGACCACCAACUUCAAAGUCGAGUUUGAAGUCAACAUCGUCAUCGUGCUUCACGACGAUCAUCUGAUCACGGAGAACUUCCCUCUGAAGCUUUCCAGACUCUGAGAGAAAUUCACCGGAGGCCAUUAGACUCUGCGUCUGUCCUGUUUCCAUGGAGAUAUGAACUGUUCUCAACAGGCAGCAAAGCCACAGAAAGGAAAGACGCCGAGCUACAAAAUCACCCUGUCAUUAAUUACACGUGUCCAAAAGUGUUUGUAAAUUUUUGUUCAAUAAAUGUCUUUUUUUUCAGAUUUUCUUCUCUCUUUUUUUUUCAGUGAUCCUCACUUCUGUGUGAAAUGUUAAGAAGUGAUUGGAUUUUUACGUUUUGCAUUAUAAUGUAUGACUCACCUACACUCUGAAGGAACACACUUUUAUCCCAAUUAAAGUAUUACUGGAGGGAACCACUAGAGGGCACAACAGAAAAUAUAAAGACAGGGCUUCAACUUUUUUAAAUUUUUUGUUCAAAUGGUUGAUUGUUAAAUUUUAUCUCAAACAUAAAGGAAUAAAACAAAUAUACAAAUAAGAAACAGAACAAUAAAUAAUAUAUUAACAAUAUAAAAAAAUUAAUAGUUUGUUCCAUAGUGCACAAAAAGCAAAAGAGCAUAAGAGCUUAUAUGUAACAAUUUUUCAUUCUUUCAGGUUCAACAACCCAAAAUAAGAGUUAAAAUUAAAAAAAAAAAUGGCCCCAAAAAGUUUGCAACAUAUGACACUGUAAAAACUCAUGUGCUAACUCUCCAUAAAGAGACGUCUUUAUUGAUCUUUUGCAGUUUAGUACGAGAAAAAUAUAAUCUAUGCACAACCUUGAACUGGAUCAGUGUGUCUAGCAUUUAUUGAAGUUCUGUGGCUAUUUCUGAUUUCGAUUUUCCAUUUUUCAUUUGUAAUUUGAAUACCUUUGAAUAAUUCGAAGACUGGACUGGUUAUUUUUUGUAUAUUAUGUAUAUUAACUCUUCUUUUGUCUCUGCUCAUGUAUGUGUUGAGGAUGUGAACAACCAAUAACAACUUUUGGUUAAAAAUCUU